CAGAGAAGACAGCAGCAAGAAUGCCUGACUCACCGGCAGAUGUGAAGACACAGUCCCGAUCCACGCCACCAAAUAUGCCACCACCGUCACCAGCCGCCACGCAGGGAGCGACGCGACACCCCACCUUCACGCCAAACCCCAAUCGCGACGCCGGGCCGCCGAUGUUUCUGCCCCGCGGCCGCUUUCAUGGCUGCUUGAAAUGGUCCAUGGUGUGUCUCUUGAUGAACGGAAGCAGCCAUUCUCCGACGGCGAUCAACGGUGCCCCUUCCACCCCCAACGGCUUCAGCAAUGGGCCGGCCACCUCCUCCACCGCCUCCCUCUCCAACCACCAGCUCCCUCCUGCCUGCGGAGCACGCCAGCUCAGCAAACUGAAGCGCUUCCUCACCACCCUGCAGCAGUUCGGGAACGACAUCUCUCCGGAGAUCGGGGAGCGCGUCCGCACCCUGGUGCUGGGCCUCGUGAAUUCUACGCUGACCAUUGAGGAGUUCCACUCCAAGCUGCAGGAGGCUACCAACUUCCCACUGCGUCCCUUCGUCAUCCCGUUCUUAAAGGCCAAUCUGCCCUUGCUGCAGCGCGAGCUCCUCCACUGUGCCCGCAUGGCCAAGCAGACGCCUGCUCAGUACCUGGCCCAGCACGAGCAGCUGCUCCUGGAUGCCAACGCCUCCUCGCCCAUCGACUCCUCGGAACUGCUGCUGGAGGUGAAUGAGAGCGGGAAGAGGAGGACGCCAGACAGGACCAAAGAGAACGGCUUGGAGCGGGACCCCCUGCAUCCGGAACACCUCAGCAAAAGGCCGUGCACCAUGAGCCCCGCCCAGCGCUACAGUCCCAGCAACGGGCUUGGCCCCCAGCCCAACGGGCUGCCCCACCCGACGCCUCCCCCUCCCCAGCACUAUCGCCUCGAAGACAUGGCCAUCGCGCACCACUACCGGGACACGUACCGGCACCCCGACCCUCGGGAGCUUCGGGAACGCCAUCGGCAAGCCGCUGUGCACAGUUCCCGGCAAGAAGAAGUGAUCGACCACAGGCUGACGGACAGAGAAUGGGCCGAGGAGUGGAAACACCUCAACAAUCAGCUGCUGAAUUGCAUUAUGGACAUGGUGGAGAAGACACGCCGGUCACUCACUGUGCUGCGCCGCUGCCAGGAGGCGGACCGCGAGGAGCUCAACCACUGGAUCUGCCGCUACAGCGACGUGGGGGACAUGAAGAAGGGCUCCAGCCCCGCCCCCCGCCCCCACAACAGCUCUGCUAACCCUGAGACGCCACCUCUAGAUACUCACCGUGAAUUUGGGUCCCGGCCAGCUCUCUCUGGCUACAUGCCUGAAGAAAUCUGGAGGAAAGCGGAAGAAGCCGUGAACGAGGUGAAGCGGCAGGCCGUCUCCGAGCUCCAGAAGGCGGUGUCCGACGCCGAGCGGAAAGCCCACGAGCUGAUCACGACGGAGCGGGCCAAGAUGGAGCGGGCCCUGGCGGAGGCCAAGCGCCAGGCCUCCGAGGACGCCUUGACCGUCAUUAACCAGCAGGAGGACUCCAGUGAGAGCUGUUGGAACUGCGGGCGCAAGGCCAGCGAGACCUGCAGUGGAUGCAACACGGCGCGCUACUGCGGCUCCUUCUGCCAACACAAAGAUUGGGAGAAGCACCACCACGUCUGUGGGCAGACCCUCCAAGGUCUCCAAGCUUCAACCGGAGCAGCCUCGGCAGGCGGGGUAGGGCUGAGCGUGGCAUCGGCUCAGCCGGACACAGUGGCCACGAGUACCUCCAUCCCCAGCGUGGCCGUGAGCCCCAGUGACAGUGGCUCGGCCACCGCCUCGCGUUCUGGCACGCCGGCCACGCCAGCUCCCCUGGACCCGGCGUCCCGCUAGGAAGGCAGAAGGGAAAGGAUACAGAGACAUCAUUGGCCACCGACUGACGCUGCUGCUAACGUUUCUCUCCAAAUGAAAAACAAAACAAAACUGCAUUCAAUGCAAAUCCUCAGCUACCUGACACGUAUUUGACCUCCAAAAUGACCUCUCUCUCUCUCUCUUUCUCACACGAAAUCCUCACGAAUUCUCAAACCUGGGCUUUAAGUGGAGUUAAGGCGAAUAGCAACCUUCUCCGUUCACUCGUCAGUUUUCUUUUUAAUUCUUGUUCUGAUUCUUGCCGAUAUGAUUUGGGGAGAUUUCUGAUUAUUGCUUUGGAUGAGGGAUUUGUCUGCCAGCAUCUCGACUCCUGGGGGAGGGGGAGAAAAGGAGAACACAACGAGAAUCCCGUCUCUCUUCCGCUGGAGAUGCGCACGGGGAAGGGACGACGGCACCAGGAUCCCCUUCCACGGAAGGCGAAGGGGAGGAAGGCAGGAAAAGACACACGCCAGGAUCUCAGUUACAGAAGCAAGAUUUUUUUCUUUUUUGUAAAAAAAUAAUAAUAACUAAAUAAAAAAUAAACAAUAAAAACAUCAACCUCUUUGGCUUUAAGUAAAACAGAAAAGAGAAGAAUCCAAAAAGAACCCAACAAAACCAAGUGACGGAAGCUGACCUAUAAACUACCUUGCUAGCUAGCCAA